AUGGCUACUACCAGGAGUGCCAGAAGACAGCUAAUAAGUGACUUGAAGGAGGAGGGAAAGCUAAUCGGGCUGACCGAUGACAGUUUGGCGGAAUGGGUAAAGGAAGAGUUGAGGAGGGUGGAAGAUGCGAAGGUCGAGGUUGUAACAAAGGUAUGUAACCCUGUAGCCCGCUUGAGGGACGUGGCGGCGAUGACGGUGGACGAAGACCUGGGUGCGUAUGUGAGGCAUUUUGAGAGUCAAGCAAAGAGACAAGGCAUUGACCCCAAGGACUGGUCGCUCCUUUUGACGGACAAGAUGAGUGGACAACUGAAGACUUUCCUCGUUGAGACGGGACUGAACUUGCAUCAUGACUUCGAGUCAGUAAAGGUAAAGUUAUUCACGCACGCAGGUUUCAACGAGGAAAAGUAUAGGGUCAGAUUCCACCAGCUAGUACCAACACACGACGACAUGAGAAGCUUCGCAGUCAACACAGAAGCCGCUUUGAGAGCGUGGGUCCAGCAGUCGGGAAUAAAGGAAACGUUUGAGGACUUGGUGAACCUCCUGAUAGUUGAUCGGAUAAAAUCGGUUGUUACUUGUGAUCUGUUGGAGAGGCUGAAUGGUGCUGCUAAGAAGCUGUGUAUGAUGAUUACGGGCUGUAGAUGA